UGCCCACAAAGUGAAGGCACUGUUUACCGUAACAUCGAAGCAUCAUCGUGUUCAACGGGUCGAUUCAUUGUCCUCAGGUCAGCAGAUAAAUCCCUAUUUUAAUUGUUAGUAACCAUGGCAUCUACGGCAGUCAAAACCUUGGGUGGCGUGGCCAGAGACAUCUCUCCUCUCUACUAUAGGAUAUUAUCGAAGUUUCCCCAAAACUUCACAUUUUGUUUUGCCUAUGGGUCUGCUGUGAAACCACAAAUGGGAAACCAAAACAAACACAAUAUGAUCGAUCUUAUAUAUUGCGUUGACAACUCGCACCGAUGGCACGGAGCUAACAUUGAAAAGAAUUAUUCACACUACUCAGCUCUACGCUUCCUUGGCAAGGGAUUUGUUGCAAGAUUUCAGGAGAACUGGGGUGCUAAAGUUUACUUCAACACACUAGUCGAAAUGAAAGAAGAAAAUGUGACAAUUAAGUAUGGUGUUGUCUCACAAAAGGAUUUGAUUGCUGAUCUACUUGACUGGGACAGCCUGUACUUAUCUGGCCGCCUACAUAAACCUGUAGAAAUUAUAAAAAAUACCAACAGUUCUCAGUUGCAAAAUGCUCUUCAAUCAAACCUGCGUUCAGCUGUACAUACAGCGUUGCUCAUUUUACCCGAGUCAUUCUCUGAGUAUGACUUCUACUUUGCCAUAUCAAACUUAAGCUAUGCAGGUGACUUCAGGAUGACAUUUGGAGAGAACAAAAACAAAGUAAAAAAUAUAGUACAACCUCAAUUGUUGAAUUUCCGAGAACUGUACAGACCGAUCUUGCAGCAAUUCCAUGCUUAUGUCGACUUUUCAACAGGAGAUACCCAGUGCCAUCAAGAUUUACAUCCUGAAACUAAGUUACAUCACUUGAUGCAGUUGCCAAUGGUGCCACAACAAAGAAUUGUGAAGUUUUGGAACCAUGGUGGUCCUCAGCAAGACAUGGAGGAUGUUCUCCGAGCUGUUGCUUAUGAUAUUGAUUGCGCAGUGAUAUUACGACAAAUACUAAAAGACAUUGUUUGGCAGUCAAGUGUUAGGCAGUCCUUGAAAGGCAUUUUAACAGCUGGUUUUUUAAAAUCAGUGCGUUAUAGUGCUAAGAAAAUAGCAAAAAUGUUCUAAGUUUCUGUAGAUAAGUACAAAAUGUGAAUAGAAUAAACAUAGUAUAAUGUGAAA